CCAUUUAUUUCUUAGUGGUGAUGGCAGGCGGUUCUGUGGGUCGUUUACGUUUACCAUGGAGUGGUGCGAAGUUUAUAGCCACAGCUCCUUCUUUUCAACUAUCAACUUUUGAGGUGACCAAGAUGCGAAAUGAGCUCUUUAAUAGAGAGAAAAAGAGGCAGUUGUCACUCAAUCCUCGAACUGAGAAGAUUGAAGUUAAGCAUGUUGGAAAAACCGACCCUGGUGUUACAUUUUUGAUGAAUAAAAAUCUUUCCACUCCUUAUAAUUGUGCCAUGCAUUUAAGUGAAUGGUAUUGCAAGAAAUCCAUUUUGGCUCUUGUGGAUGGGCAGCCCUGGGACAUGAAUAAACCUCUGACCAAGUCAUGUGAAAUUAAGUUUCUUACUUUUAAAGAUGAAGAUCCUGAGGAAGUGAACAAGGCUUAUUGGCGUUCUUGUGCCAUGAUGAUGGGGUGUGUGAUAGAGAAAGCAUUCAAAGAUGAAUACACAGUUACUUUAGUCAGAGUCCCAGAAAUUCCAGUGAUUGCUGGAGCCUUUUGUUAUGAUGUCAUUUUGGACAAAAGACUUGAUGAAUGGAUUCCAACACCUGAAGACCUGCGUUCUUUCACGAAGGAUGCUCAUAUUUUAAUUAAUAGAGAUCUUCCAUUUGAAACUUUGGAUAUCGAAGCAAAAUUGGCAUUAGAAAUCUUCCAACAUAACAAGUACAAAGCACAGUUUAUAGAAGAGAAAGCAUCAAAAAAUCCAGAGAGACUAAUAAAACUACACAGAUUUGGUGACUUCGUGGAUGUUAGUGAGGGUCCCCUCAUUUCAAGGACAAGUAUUUGCUUCCAGUAUGAAGUUUCAGCAGUUCAUAAUCUUCCAGGUGCCCAGUUAGAUCAUCUAAGAAGAUUCCAAGGUCUUUCUUUACCAGUUCACUUAAAAGCACAUCAUACUAUAUGGCAUAAACUAUUGGAAAGGUCUCGGAAAAUAGUAACAGAAGAUGAAAACAAAGCAGUAAUGGAAAGUACAACUGUUUGAUCAUUUUUGAUGGCAUUACAUUAAAAUUAAAAAAUAUUUUUACAUUUGUAUGUGUUUGUAAAAAUGAAUUCUCAAACUGAAUUCUGUUGUGUAGUCUAAUGGAAAGAGUGCUAGAUAUAUGGUGUCAGACCCUUCUUAAUAUUUCUAUAGUCUUGGCUAUAUGACUAUCUGAACUUCGGUUUUCUCAUUUGUACAGUCAGUAAGUGGCACUUGAUUUGGUGUAAACUGGGGCCCAAAAACAUAAAAAAAAUUAUUUUUUUUAAAAUUGGUUUCCUUUGCAAUCCUAAGCAUAGACAUUAUUAUGAGAUGGGAUCCAAAGCCUCUACAGACUGUUAAAGGUAUUCAUGACACAAAAAAAGGUUAAGAACCCUUAUAAUACAUGACCUCUGGGAUCCCUUCAGGUUCAUAAGUAUUUGAUUCUGUUGGAAUGAAAUAAAUGAAUAUUCUGCCUCUCCU